UUUAAGUUCUGUAAAAAAUCGAUGAUUUAUCGCAAUGUGUCAAAAAUUAUUUUGUUUUUAAAGAGCAGAGAAAGAUGUCAACUUAAUUAAAGUAAGGUUAAUUGAGGGUAAUUGUUAGUUUGGUCGCUUAUAAUUUGGAUUUGACGGGAUAGGCGCGAAGCUGUGUGAAAAUGAUUUGGAUUUUUUGAUGGAGCAGAGUUUGCAAGAAUCAGGUGCGCGGUCAUCAACCCUAGGUUGUAAACAUUGAUCUUUACCAAACGUCUUGCAGAGAGGUAAUCGCCCUUUCGAGACCCGGUUAAUUUGUAUUCAGCAUGUGAGACUGACACCUACAGUACAAAUAUGGACUAAUUAGCGGUAUAGUAAAUUAAUGUAGCUGCAAAAUGCACAAGAAAGACGAAAAUUUUGACCAAAAGAGGCUAGAACUCGAAGCAUGGCUCCAAAGAAUGGAAUCCAGGCUUUCUGCCAUGAUUCCUGUGGGUCACACAGCUGAUGUCCUGGAGGUGCAAUUGAGGGAGCAGAAGGGACUGCAUGCUGAAUUGCACCAAUUCAAAGCACAAAUCGAGGGCUUUCAACAAUUUAUACAGAGACUGAUUACUGUGCACCAAAAUGAAGACACAACUCGCUACAAAAAGGCUGCUGAAUAUGUCAAUCAACACUACCUACGAUUAGAUGCUUGCGUGAUUAAUAGAGGCAAACUUUUACAUUCCGCUUUAAGUUCACUGCAAAACCUUGAUCGUUCACAAGACAAAUUCCUCGGCUGGCUCAGCGAGGCUGAAUCUGUUUUGGAAAGUUUAGAGACCGAUGGAGAAUCUCGGAGAGCUGCGCACCAGCUCAAGGAACUUCAAGCGGAUGUCGAGAGGCAGGCACCCACUCAUGCUGCUUUGAGAUCGUCUAGUUUGGCCUUGCUUGGUUCUUUGGCACCUGAAGAUGCUUUGAUGUUGCAGCUGAGGGGAGACGAAAUUGAAAGAAGAUGGCAGUCAUUAUGUUCAAGAACCUCAGACCUAAGAAAUCGUUUGGAGCACAACGCAGAUUACUGGAAUGCUUUGCUAUUAUCAUUAAGAGAACUAACAGAGUGGGUAAUAAGAAAAGAUACGGAAUCGGGGUUGGCUUCAAGACAAGAUGAUUUAAGAGCAUUUCGGCAACAACUUGAAGAUAAGAGGCCAUUGGUGGAGACUAGUUUGAGGAGUGCCAGGCAAUUUGUGGCCGGGGAUCCAUCUGGAGAGUUGGCUAGGAAUUUAAGAAGGGAGUUGGUUAAGUUGUCUGAUAAAUGGAAUGCUUUGAUUGACAAAUCUGACCAGCUGGCUAAUAGAUUUGAGCAGAAUACAAUGAAACUUAAACAACUAACGAUGACCCUGGAAGAGGCAUCAGGCGCUGUUGCCAGAUUGGAACGCGCCACAUUAAGCUGGAGUGGUCCUAGGAGUGCGGCUGAAGCCAGGGAGCUCCUGGUAAAUCUCAGGACCCUGGAAAACCAACUGCCUCCGCUGCAGCGUUCCCUCGAAGAGGCGAGAAUCCAGGCGGCAGCCAUGGGUAAUGCCCUACCCAACAACCUGGCAGCGCAGCUGGAAGAUUGUGCGGCAAGGUGCAGAGCUUUGCAAGCUGCCAUUAGGGAGAGGAAAGAAACGCUUACCAGUAGUACUCUAGGGGAAAUAUCUCCGGGUCCCUCGAGCGUCCAACCGCCAUGGGAACGAGCCACCACCCCGAACAAAGUCCCGUACUACAUAAACCACAGCACCGAGACCACGCACUGGGACCACCCGCAAAUGCUCGAGCUGGCCGUGUGCCUGCUGCAACUGAACGACGUCCGCUUCUCCGCUUACCGCACGGCUUUGAAGCUGCGCGCCAUCCAAAAAAAACUUUCCCUCGAUCUCGUCACGCUUAACGCAGCGUCGGAAGCGUUCGAUCUGCAUGGUCUUCGAGCUCAGAACGACAAGAUUUUGGAUGUGGCCGAUAUGGUGCUUGUACUUAGAGCGAUGUAUGGAAACAUUGCUGCACAACAGACCAUCAUUAUUUUAGAUGUUCCCCUAUGUGUGGAUUUAGCUUUAAAUUGGUUGCUUAAUGUUUACGAUAGCCAGCGCACAGGCCAGAUUAGAGUACUUAGUUUUAAGGUUGGAUUAACACUAUUAUCAAAAGGGCAUUUGGAAGACAAAUACCGCUAUCUAUUUCGCUUAAUAGCUGACCCGCAGCAAAAAGCUGAUCAACGUAAGUUGGGUCUUCUUCUGCACGAUAUACUACAAGUUCCUAGACAGUUAGGCGAAGUGGCUGCGUUCGGAGGGUCAAACAUCGAACCAAGCGUGCGCAGUUGUUUGGGCGAACGCGAGGAUUUGGAGGCCACUCACUUUUUAGCUUGGCUCAAACAGGAACCGCAAUCUUUGGUGUGGUUGCCGGUGUUGCAUCGUUUGGCAGCCGCGGAAAAUGCCAAGCAUCAGGCUAAAUGUAAUUCCUGCAAGCAAUAUCCAGUGGUUGGAUUGAGGUACAGGUGCUUGAAGUGCUUUAACUUCGAUAUGUGUCAAAGUUGCUUUUUCUCCGGCAAGUUGACUAAAGGUCACAAGUUAUCACAUCCUAUGCAGGAGUAUUGUGCCGCCACUACUUCUGUGGAAGAUAUGAGGGACUUUACAAGGGCAUUAAAGAAUAAAUUUAAAAGCAAAAGGUACUUUAUGAAGCACCCAAGAGUCGGGUACUUGCCGGUUAGAUCGGUACUUGAGGGCGAUGAACUGGAAAGCCCGAUAGCUUCACCGCAACAUAACGACAUGCAUUCACGUUUGGAAAUAUACGCCAGCAGGUUGGCAGAGGUGGAGUUACGCGCCAAUUCACCUGAAGAUGAACACCGACUUAUCGCAGACUAUUGUCAAAGCCUCGAAGGGGCGCCGGCCAGUCCAGGACAAUUAAUGCUUGUCAUCGACGAAGAACAACGAGCAGAACUGCAAGAAAUGAUAACUGAACUAGAGGCCGAAAACACAGCUCUAAGGCAAGAAUACGAACAACUUCAAAGAGGACCUGCACCUCAUCCAGUUCAACCGCAACACGACGUGCUAGCUGAAGCUAGACUCUUGAGACAGCACAAAGGCAGACUCGAAGCUAGAAUGCAGAUACUUGAAGACCAUAACCGGCAGCUAGAAGCACAGCUGCAGCGUUUAAGACAGCUACUUGAAGAACCACAGACUUCCACUCUUCAGACUAGAAGCGUGACGGCUUCACAGCUAAACCAAGAUAUUCCAGGCAGAGUGAAUCAGCCACCUCCGCCAGCCGAUCAUCGUUGAAGAACCAUAUCAGUAAGAUAAUAAAAUUAAAUCGCUUGUUUGCCAUAAUCAAUCAAUAUCAAAUGAUAUCAUGUAUACUUACCAUAUCAUUUACAAUAAUUAUUGUCUGUUACGUUUAGUACGUCUAGCCUAGCUAGGGUAUUUAUUUUGUUAAUGUUGUUAGAGUUGCAGAAGUCCAGUGGAAUAUUUAACCAAUAAAGAACUUUACAAAUAA